ACCGAAAACACGGCCUCCUCACGACGUACGUGGCCGCAGGUUCGUCCUCCAAUCUUUUCCCACGUCCCCCAGUUUUCUCCUCCAUUUCUCCCUCCUCCCCUGGCCGCAUCUCCAGGGGAAAGGAAGCGAGGCGCAGGGAGGGAGUGUGGCACGAGCGCGCCCGCCCCUGAAAAAUGGCGGCCUCCCUCUGGCUGCUGCAGCUCCCUUCUCCUCCUCUCCACAGCGUCGUCUUCCUCUCGACCAGCCACUGCCCCUCUCCUCCUUCCGCGCCUGCGUCGCCUCUGCUGCACAGGAAGCACGCACCGGCCAGAGCCAGAGGCAAUCUUGCCUGCAGCUCAUCUGGUAGCUCCUCGUCCUCUGCUUCCCCUGUUGUGACCAAAGAUCAAGAGGGAGCAGCAGCAGCAGCAGAGGCGACGUCCCCAGCCCCUGCUCCGGCGGCUGUCAGAUACGACUACAAGGAUGACCCCAACUUCAGGGGGUGCAAGGGGUGCGGCCGUGAGGAAACGGAGAGGGGCUGCAACGGCGAAGGGCGGAUCAUGGGCGGCAUAGCCGCCGUCCCCUUGUUCGGGUGGUGGCCGAUCAAGGCCUACCGGCCGUGCCCUGGCUUCGUCGCCUCCGGCGGCCGGUACCGGCGCUACGGCCAGAGCAUGGACGACGUCAUAGCCGGCAAGGGGCGGAAAGUCGCCUCCGACAAGAAGAAAAGUGACAAAUGAUCCACCUCAAGGAACUGGAGUGCACCGCAUGUGCUGGAGAAGGAUGUCCAUUGUUCAACCUUCCUAGAUUUUGUUUCAGGCUCGACGUUGUCUAGCUAGGUCAGAUUGUUCGAGCAGCGCUGUAAUUCAUCCAGCCUGCAGAAUCAAUUCCCAUAUCGAAGUUUUGUACGUAGCUCCGAAUGGACGGCAAAUGUACUCCACUCUUCUAUGUUUACAUCUCGCUUGCCAAAUCUAAUAGCAGCAAAACGGUUUCAGGAA